CUGUGUCCCUCAGCCUGCUCUGGGGCUCAGGUCACCUAGGGACACAAGCUCUGUCUCUGAUAGCCUCUAGCUUCUGGCUCAGCCCAGCGGGCAUCUAAUCCAAGCUGCUGUGGCCUUCCACAUGCUAGCGGCUCCCCACCUGGAUGGACAGCCUGCUGCUUCUGGUCAUGGGACCUAACAGAUGAGGUACCAGGGCUGUCCUCUGGUCAGCAGCAUCUGCCAGGGUGUCACAUCCAGGCCCAGGAGGUGGCCCAGCAGGCCUGGGACUAGAGGACUGGGGACAGGGAAGGGGACUCCAACCUCCAGCACAAAAGUAAAACGCCUAGCCUCUGAAGAACCCAAGACAGAGGGGACGUCGGGACUGGAGGCUUAUGCGGGGGGCGUGGCUUCAGGCAGCUACCGACGUCCUCUUCCGGAACAGGCCUGUGCCCCGGAAGCAGUUGUUUGCUGAGAGUCUUUGGUCCCGUUUAGGAGACUGCGUGGGUGUUGUCACCAUGUUCCUGUCCGCGGUCACUUUUGCCAAGAGCAAGUCAAAAACCAUUCUGGUGAAAAUGCUGAGCCAAGCUGGGACAGGUUACUCCUUCAACACUAAGAGAAGCCGACUACGGGAGAAACUGACUCUCUUGCAUUAUGAUCCCAUUGUGAAAGCAAAAGUCCUCUUUGUGGAACAGAAGAAAAUACGUUCCCUCUAAACAAUGGACUGAAAACGAAUUUGAUUUAUAAAUGAGAAUACUGAGGGUGGGAUACUGAUUCAGAAAUUCUGCAGCGUGUAAUAAAAGAAGAGGAAAUGGCACGGAAUCACUGCCUCCUGUGAUUUGAAGGCCAUUGUGAAGAAAAACAAUGUACUGAAAGAAAGUUCUUCAUAUUAGGACAUAUAUCAUUGCAUCACAUUUAUUUAUCUUUCUGGAUAUUUUUAUAGCCCUUAAUAAAAAAUAUUAAAAUAGCC